AUAGGAGAGAGAAAGGGGCAUUGACGGGGACCCACCGCGGGUAUUGAAAGGCGGCUCUGGCAGCGGCGGCUCCAGCUCCAGCGGCUCCUCCUCCUUCUCCUUCCUUCUCCUCCUGCUGCCGCUGCGGAUCCAGUCUUCCUCCCUCCCUUCCCCCCUCCCCACGUCGUCGCCGCCGCCGCCAGGUCCGGGGCAACGAGCAGAGGCGCCGCCCGCCGGGAAUGUGAGCGAGGAGCCACCGGCGGAGCCGCAACGGGGUCGGUGCGGAUUUGAUGGGACGGGCCCGCGGGGGAGGAUCGUGAGGCCGCCGCUGUCGCCGGAGCGCUGAGAUUCAGGUCCGGCUGUGAGGCCUAGAGGCGCCGCCGCCGCGGAACCGGAGGGACGCCGCGCCGGACAGCCGUCGCCCCGGGCUCCCUGCUGCUGUCCGGACCUCCCCCCGCAAGUCCCGGUCCCGCCACCCGCGCCCGCUGCGGCCCUCUCACCCGUCUCCCGCUCCUCAAAACCACAGAUCAUCUUCGGAUUCUUCUCCAGAAGCUUCAAGGGAUAUGUCCUCAGCACCAACUACUCCUCCAUCAGUGGAUAAAGUAGACGGAUUUUCUCGGAAGUCCGUCAGAAAAGCCAGACAGAAGAGGUCUCAAAGUUCCUCACAGUUUAGGUCUCAAGGCAAGCCUAUUGAGUUAACACCUCUGCCACUGCUGAAAGACGUUCCAUCCUCAGAGCAGCCUGAACUGUUCCUAAAGAAACUUCAGCAGUGCUGUGUCAUUUUUGACUUCAUGGACACGCUAUCUGAUCUUAAAAUGAAAGAAUACAAGCGCUCCACUCUUAAUGAGCUGGUGGACUACAUUACAAUAAGCAGAGGCUGUUUGACAGAGCAGACUUACCCUGAAGUAGUUAGAAUGGUAUCUUGCAAUAUAUUCAGAACUCUCCCUCCUAGUGACAGCAAUGAAUUUGAUCCAGAAGAAGAUGAACCUACCCUGGAGGCAUCAUGGCCACACUUACAGCUUGUAUAUGAAUUUUUCAUACGAUUUUUGGAAAGCCAAGAAUUUCAACCCAGCAUUGCCAAAAAAUACAUAGAUCAGAAAUUUGUAUUACAGCUUUUGGAGCUAUUUGACAGCGAAGACCCUCGGGAACGGGACUACUUAAAAACAGUUUUACACAGAAUUUAUGGCAAGUUUCUUGGUCUUAGAGCAUUUAUCCGAAAACAGAUUAACAAUAUUUUUCUAAGGUUUGUUUAUGAAACAGAACACUUCAAUGGCGUAGCUGAACUGCUGGAAAUAUUAGGAAGUAUUAUCAAUGGCUUUGCUUUACCUCUUAAGGCAGAACACAAACAGUUUCUGGUGAAAGUGUUGAUCCCUUUACACACUGUCAGGAGCUUAUCACUCUUCCACGCCCAGCUUGCAUAUUGCAUAGUACAGUUUCUGGAGAAAGAUCCUUCACUCACAGAACCAGUUAUUAGGGGGUUAAUGAAAUUUUGGCCCAAAACAUGUAGUCAAAAAGAGGUCAUGUUCCUUGGGGAGCUGGAAGAAAUAUUGGAUGUGAUUGAACCUUCACAAUUUGUUAAAAUUCAAGAACCUUUGUUUAAACAAAUUGCCAAGUGUGUCUCUAGCCCCCAUUUUCAGGUGGCAGAAAGGGCACUCUAUUAUUGGAAUAAUGAAUACAUCAUGAGUUUGAUAGAAGAAAACUCUAAUGUCAUCCUUCCCAUCAUGUUUUCCAGUCUUUAUAGGAUUUCAAAAGAACAUUGGAAUCCGGCUAUCGUGGCAUUAGUCUACAAUGUGUUGAAGGCAUUUAUGGAAAUGAACAGCACCAUGUUUGAUGAGCUUACAGCCACAUACAAGUCAGAUCGUCAGCGUGAGAAAAAGAAAGAAAAGGAGCGUGAAGAAUUGUGGAAAAAACUGGAGGAUCUGGAAUUGAAGAGAGGUCUUCGACGUGAUGGGAUAAUUCCAACUUAACAAAAAUAAUAACAACAACAUUACUAACCUGUGGAGUCACACAUUUAUGUAGUAGAAGAUGGAGCAACAGUUUUCUGUAUUGUGCAACUUUACAGUAGAUUUCACAUUUGUUUCAUUAUUACAACAGCACUGUAUAUACCUGUCUCUUAAGUAAAGGAAAAAAAAAUAAGGACUUCAAUCCAAAGUUUGGAUGGUAGAUGGACUUCUCAGAACUUUGCAAAACAUAAUCAUUGUUCUAACCCUCUUUUAAAAAAAAAGAGCAGUCUUCAAAGAUUGUUGAUGAAAUUGCUGUUAAAAUUCCAUUAAUCGGAAGUUCCUUUACCAUUAGCAGAGAGUAUGAAACAAUUUUCAAAUGUGAACAAUCUUAAAUUUAGCUUGUCUUUCUGCUAAGCUGUUAAAUGUAUUUAUAGUAAAGGAAGAAACAAAAAAGACUGUCAUUUCCAUAUAAGUUUGUAUAACAUCCUCCUCUGGGUAACUUGACUGUAAUUUGACAUCUUUUCCUUUUGCACAUGUUCAUGAGUUGAAUGUCCACAUGGAACGGGGCCAUGAAUUACAAAGGUCCCUGAUAAAAGUUUUGUUUACCGGAGUGAACAUCUCUCCAGUAACCAGGGAGUCCUGGUACUCCUUUAGUUUUAAAAUUAGGAGUAAAUGAGAAGAGGUGAUAAACAUAGUAAGGAAGGGAAUUUUGGAUUCAUGCAUGAAUUCAUGGUGAAUCCAAAUCAAUGUCUUGAAUCCUUUGAAAACAGGCACUGGACAUCAGAGGCUUCAGUACCUGACCAGUAUUAGUUGCGUACAUCAUUGAACACACAUACCAGAGAUGUUUUAGAAAUGUCACAAAACAUCCCUUUGGACCAUUUUGAAAUCAGAAAGACAAACACUAAACAGUACAACCAUGAAAUUGAUCGCCAGGAUUGCGAAUCUAAUUGGUAAUAGAGUUGAGCAAACAGCUUGGACUGUUUGGAGUUGUUGCCUUACUUUUUAAUAUGUAUUUAUAAAGUAUUCCAGCAAAAGAGGAUGUAGCCUCUGGGAAAAAACAAACAUGUUACAGUGUUUUUUGUAGAUUCUCGUUCUAUAUCUCAUCACAGCGCCAGCCCUGUUUUUAGCCAGAAAGGAUUCAGGAUAAACAUUAUUAUGCAUUCUGCAUUGGAUGCGUAUUCCUAACUACUGUAUUUGUUACCAAAAGUGGUUCUACAAAUGCUACUGAAAAAAAAAAUCUGGAAAUUCCUAAUGUCCUGAGUAUUAAUAAUAAAGUUUAAAAAUGCUUUUAUAUCAAAGGUGCAUUGUGACCAAAUUGUUUAAGAAAAAGAAAAAAAAAACAAAACAAACUCUAGGGCUGUAUUGUAGAUACAUCCUAUUGGCUCUCUGCUUUGUAUUUAAUUUAAACAAGGACUCUUACAUUUGGGUGAGAUAAAAAUACUGAUAAAAGUUGUGUACAGUAUGUACUUACCUAAUGUGGUUGCAUUAUUAUGUACUGAAAGAUAUGUGUUUGGGGGUUUAUUUCCAGGAUGCUUUUGUUUGUUGUGGACAUGGCAGCAGUGAGUUGGUAAUCCUAAACCAUCACUUCCCAGCAGUAUUCAUGGUAUAGAGCUGACCGUGUUCAUGUGUUGAAAUGUGAUAGUAGCAAACCAGAACAUAUGAACUGUUGUUGCUCUUCGUAGUAAUAAUAUCAAUCUGGGCUUGUAUAUUUUCUUCCUUCCAUUUAAUAUAAAGUAGAAUAUGCAGUUGUAUUGUUUCCAAAAAAGGGGGGGAAGCCGCUGACCUUUCUCCUCUAUUCAGUGUUUCAGGAUUAUCAGGUCACGGUUUGUGCAUAAAAGUCAGCUAAUUAUGGACAUUGUCAUCUCAAUAACUUUGUAAAACAGAAACAAAACUUGGCAUUGUUAAUUCUGAAAAAGAAACAGCGGUAAAAGAGUCACAUGCAACACCAAACACAACAUGGUUUAAUGGAAUUCAUAGAGUUUUUAAAAACACAAAACAUUCAUGGGGAUUCAAUGUAAAAUUGGCAGAGGCUGCCAAAGAUGAAACAACUUCCUUUAAAAGUGCUGGAGCAAAGGUGCAAGUUCAAAUACUAAAGAUAAAAAAUAAAUUUGUAACAAAUCAUCUCUGAUUUUAGCCCAUUAGUUUUGACUCUGCAUUACUUUUAGUUUUGACAAUACAGCCAUUAACUCAUCUUUUCAGAUAGAGGACAUUAAAAUCACAGGUUUGUGAAAUAUCUCUGCCCAUUAGAAUGGAAUGCAGUCAUUUGAAAUGAGAAAAACCAGGCUCCUUUUUUGCACCUUACCUUGUCCUCAGAGUUGAGGUGAGAACUACACAGAUACCUUGAUGUCAAUUUUGUAUGUUGAUCAUUCCAAACUGAGGAGAAUAAAGCCAAAUUUUAGACAUAGUGAAAGAAGCAAUUAUAGCUAUAUGUCUAAAAUUCAUAGGGCAACUUCUGAGAAGAAACACUGUCUUUUCUUUUUUAAUUGAAAGUGACAAUGUGACGUUUGUCAUGUUGUGUCCGGUGACGCACAGUAACUGAGGUAAUCUGACUGUUGCACUAUGUGACAUAUUUAAGGACGUACUUGCUGCAUUUGCAGCAGCCCUCUGUCCUUUCCCACAUUUCUGCUGUUGCUGCAACUUGAGUUCAUUGUGACAAAUGCAUCUUUGUGUUUUAUUUUGUUUGCUUCAUAAUUUCCAGAACUAUAUAUAAAUCUAUUUUUUAAAUAGCAGAUAUUGUAGUUAGUGAGUGAUGAUCACUCCAAACUUAUCCCUACCAUAUUGGUUUCAGGGGUAGGAUUCAGAGUGUCUUUGGAAGAAAAAACAAAAACCCUGUGGUUUAGAGUGAUGCUGAGGCCUUAGGCUGUGGGCCUAGAAAAACCAUGUGAGUGAAUUGACCCAUCUCAUACUUUGAAUCAAGCAUGCAUUCCUUUUCUCAUUGUGCAGGUGUCCCCAUUUGUUUUCCUUCAGUGUUUAGUUUUUGUCCUUCUGAAUUUUAUUAUAGUUUGCUCUCCCUAACAUCUGACUGUUUUUUUAUAAAAUAAAAUAAAAAAUAAAAAAAGUAAGAUAAAUAAUACCCUUGAUGCCGCUGGAUACUCACAAGCAGGGUUAUGCUCCUUCACCUUGGGCUUGCUUGCCUAACCGGAAGGGUUUAAUUUAUUUUGUACCUCCUCCUAUGCGUGGGACAGUCCAGGGUGCAGAGCCAGGAAUCGGUUGUAAUUGCACCUGCUAUACUUACACGUGUAGCCCUAGGCUCAAAUCACACUAUGGAAAGAAAAAAAAAAGUAUAUUUAGAGCUUUAAAAGCUUUUUUAUUUUUUUGUGGGGAUGCGGGGGGUGGGAAAGGGAAGAUGAAUGGAUGUUAUUGGCAUUUUUAAGUGUUCAGACUUUUGGUUUUUUUCCCCCCCGUGUUGCUUUUUUCCCUUUAAUUGGGUGCACUGCCCUGGCCCAUGAAAUGAAAAGAUUCUCUCUACCAAUGUUACCACAAAGUGACAGUCACCCACAGCAAAAAGGUGGCAUCAGACAUGAUCAGUGAUGUUUUCUUUGCACAUCAAUAUUUUUAUUUUUAUAUUCUGGCUCAGCUGCUUCUCUGAGUGGAGUUAAGGAAUGAGCCACAAAGGAUUUUUGUAGUCGGUAUAUUGGCAACGCGUUUUAUAUUUCUCAGUCUCGAAUUUUGAAACUCUAAAAGAAUUGUGCAUCUUGAGAGAAAGUGGAGCAAAUUUUGAUCUAGUGGAAUGUUCAUUUGUGCUGCUUGUGCACGAUGGCAGCAGUAGUAUCUCUCUUGGAAAUAAACAUCCCAUAUUAUGAUGUCUAUGAAAAUAGGUUUCCUUUUCUUCCCGCCCUCCCUCCCUGCCUCCCUUCCUCCCCUUUCUUUACUUUUUUAGAAAUCACUUAUUGUAAAUAAGUUGUAAUCCAAGCCUCAUGUAUCAGUGGGGGACUUUCAAAUAUAAAUAUUACCAAUACAUUUUCCUGGUUGUUGUCUGAUUUUUGAUUCAAGUAUAUGAGAAUGAAAUGUCCAUUGCUUUUGGUUUGAGGAUUUUACUUUAGCUUCAUAGAUCUUUUGGUAUUUUAGUAUUUCAUUGUUUUAGCAGGAGAGGGCAGCAAAAGUUUAUUUUCCCUGUUAGAAAUGCUGUGGUUCUUGAUUGGUUUUAAAUUUAGUUUUGUGUGUAUGUGCGUGUGCGUGCAUGUGUGUGUGUAAGCAGUAUCUGUGGCUAGAGGUAAAAAUGAAACAUUUUUGAUAUGAAAAGUUGCAUAUGAAAAUUGUAGACUGGUUCAGCCAGAUAGUGAAGACUUCUUAUCCACAUUCAAGUUAAAAUGCCACAAAACAAUCUUCCAGCUCUGGCUAAAAUAUGCUACUUCCUUUUCAAACACAACAAAAUGCAAGCCGAGUCUCAAACACUUGGAAUUUAAAAUGUCUUUCUUUGAAAAUGAUUUACUUCAAAGUGGUAACAGAGACAAAAAUGAAGGUGCUCCCAAAGAGAAAUGUAACCGUCCCCUUUCGCAGUGUGUGAGAGGUUCUGUACUGUGGGUGCAUCCUAAUAAAGAAGGAGU